CUCGCAGUUCUAAUACCUUUAAUACUACUUCAACAACGGGCCGCGAUAGUCUUGUAAACCGUACCUGCAGAUUUGUAAUAUUUUUGGUAUUUAUUCCUUCUGUGAAAAUAUAGUUUUAAAAAAUCUAAUUUUUUGUAAUCAUAUAACUCUACAAAAAAGUAAUGCUGAGCUUAAAAGUUUAACGGAGUGAUGUAACUUUGUCGUGCUAUAAAAUUAAAAAGUUAUUUUGUCAAAUUGUACGUCAGUCGUUCAAAAUGGCGGUGAAGGUGCAAUGCGGUGUUUCCGCGGAAACGAAAAUUAUGGAAUUAUAAUUUAAAUGCAACCAAAUCCAAUAAAAAAAUGAUAGACAGUGUGUUUUGAUAGUGCUCGUGUUCUAUAUAAAAUUAUCUUCAUCCUUGCAGAUCUACAAAAUUGUUUUGUUGGUGUUAUAACGUGAUGUUGCGGCGAGUUAACUUUUAUUCAAUAUGUUUCGCGUUUGGUAUCAGUGUUCUUCUAAUAUUUGUUGGAAGUCGAUAUGCAGAUAACACUUAUUAUCGUCCGUCCAUUGAAAGCCGGAGAAAUGUUAGAAACUUUUUGAAAGUUGGAGAUGAAGCUUACACGUUACUCAACAUCCCCACAAUCCUGUAUGAUGGAUCGCCAGACAUCAAGUUAUUACUCGAGAAAACACGUUCUAAAAUUAAAUACGAGCUGUCUAAGUAUAAUUUUUCCGAAUUUGGUGCUCAAGCUUUGGAAAAUUUAGUAAUUGAGUCCGGGGGGCAGCCCUCUCGCAGUUUAAUCAUAUCUACAUGGAGGUCUGGAACUACUUUUCUUGGUCAGUUAUUGAAUGCCAUCCCCGGUACUUACUAUCACUAUGAACCGCUACUUAAAUAUGGAAUUAUACAAAUACGGGGGCCACCAGACGGUGAUAAAGCUAUAGACGAUAUAAGGUCUAUGAUGAAAUGUGAUUAUGAUGGCUUAGAGGAUUAUUUUAAUUUUGGGAAGAAACAUUUGUAUCAGUUUAGCCACAACACCAGACUAUGGGACCAUUGUAAACAUAAGAAUGAACUGUGUUGUGAUGCUGACUUCACAUCACGGAUAUGUAAGCUGUUUCCGUUUCAAACCAUGAAGGUUGUAAGAAUGAGGCUACGGCUCAUCCAGGACAUAUUAAAGGAUAAAGAGCUUAAUGUGAAGGUUAUACUGUUGAUCCGGGAUCCUCGAGGUGUGAUGCAGUCCAGACAACAUCGUACCUUUUGCCAGACUUCUGCUGACUGUUGGGAUCCUCCACUACUUUGUGCUGACAUGAUCAGCGAUUAUGUUGCAGCUGCCCGCAUACUUAAGCAUUAUCCUGACAGACUUAUGGUGUUGCGGUACGAAGAGCUGGCAUUACAACCUAACGUAACAGCUUAUCGAAUUUUAAAGUUCCUAAAGAUUAGUGCCACGGGUUUGUUAGACGAAUUCUUGGAUUUGCACACUAAUGUUGAUGUGGCUGGAGUUAGCUCCACGUUUAGAGUAUCCAAGGAGGUGCCUUUCAAAUGGAAGAAUACUCUCAACUUUACUUAUGUGGACGAUAUACAGAGGGCGUGUAAGGAAGCCAUGUCUCUAUGGGGCUACAAAAUGGCAAACAACGAGACUCAUAUGAAAAGCGAAGAUUUCAUGCCCUUGGACAACUAUACGAUCUCACAGUGAACACUGAACCAAAAACAAGGAUGUAAAGAGGAUAUUUUUUCCCACAAAAAAUAUGCAUACCCUUCAUUUUUGUCCAAAUGGCUCUAAUGAUGUAGAUAUUUCUAUUAUUACACGACAAUAACUUCAAUUUUAUUAUUAAAACUAAACCGAAACGUGAACAUAAUAUACGUAAGGAUGUAUUCCAAUUUGUCAGUUUUGAAUUAUGGCUAUUGGAGGGAUAAUCUCAGCAAGAUAAAUAAAAAAAAAAACAAUAAAUAUAAUCUUUUAACAUCUCUAUCGCCCCACCAAAUAACAUAAUAAUACCUAUGUCAAUUAUAUUUACGUCAAUUCAUAUGUUAUAAAAAAAUAUUUCUCAAAAAUAAGGGUAUGCAUGGAAACAAAUAUUUUCGGAAUGUCCCAGUGAACAUACUACCAUAAAACUCGCAAUAAUUAUUCACUUCGAAUUUUUGAAUACAACAUAUACACAUGUGAGGGGGAAAUUGGUUCAUAUCUUAAAAAUCUCAUACAAUUUGCUCCAGAAAAUGAUCGAAUUGGCUAUUUCCUGUACAAUUAGAGUGACAUUGCUAUUGCAACAAUCAAGGUACAUAUUAUUAUUAUUAUUUAUUUAAAGCCAACGUAUUGGCGCAACUUAUCAUUUAUAUAGGCCCAAAUGCAAUUGUAUUAUAAACAUUGUGAUUUAUAGUUUUAAAUAACCUUUCGUACGUAAUAUGAUAGUUUCAAUGCGGAAUUUGAACUUUGCGCUCACAAGAUGGCGUUAGUGAAGCAUAAGGUCUUACUAGUCAAUUGUUCAGGUGUUACUAAUUGAAUUGUUUGCAAAUAUAAAUAAAUGGGUGAUUCUUAACAUUAUUUUAACGAAAAUUAACGAUAACA